AUGAUGCUGGUGCUCAAGAAGAAUGCCAUCAUCAAGGGCUCUUCGUACACGGCACUAGCACAAGAAGUGCUGAGCGAGAAGGUACAGAUGUGGACUCUGACGCCGGAGGCGACUCUCCAGUGUAAGAACCUGGAUGAGAUCGCCACCACGGAAGAGCUCUCUGCCGUCCUUAAUCAUCAGUGCUUGGUAGAUGCGCCGAGCUCAUCGAUCCACAUCCGGAGGGGCCCAGCAGGCACGCAGAUCGCUACGAUCAAGCUUCCAAUUGGGGUGGCGAAAAAAGCGGCUGCGAAGGGCUUGAUCGAAGUCGGCUGGUCAGAGUGUCCGCUCAGCAUCUGCGAGCCGCCAGAAGGGAUACCACUCAACUCGACUCUGAUGGCUACAGUAGAUCCCCCUCACGGAGGUGCCGGUAUGGAUCACGAUUGCAGGGCCUGCAACCUGCCCAACGAUGCCGAUUCGCAGAUGGUGCAGUGUGAUGCCUGCCAAGUCUGGUACCAUCUGAAGUGCGUCGGAGAGACUCCUGGCGUUGAGAACAGAUCGUUCAGCUGUCGUGCGUGCCUACCACCCCCUAAUGUCGGUAAGUCGAAGUCCAAGAAGACCAGAUCGCAGAAGGCCGUAAGUGAAGGCCAACUGAAGGUUCCCGUUGCGUCUGCUUCUGGAGUGACACCGAAAAAGCACCCGGAGGUUCCCAAAUGUGUUACGAACAAAGCGACAACAAUCAAAACCACUUCGUCGACUUCGCGUUCUCGAGCUCUGACUCUGCAGAGGAGGAUUGAAGCGGAGCAGCUUCUGGCGGAAAUGAAGCUGGCUGAAGCAGAAAAGCAGCUUGAAGAAGAUCGUCUAAUGCAGGAAAGACAGCGAGCUCUGCGCGAAGAAAAGAUUAGGCUGCAGGAAGAUCUAUUGCGGAAAAUGCAGGAACUAGACGAGGUCGCCGACGCUGAGAGAGCUUCCGAAUACACCAGCACCAGCGGAAUGCGGAAAGCAAGGGAAUGGUUAGCGAAGCAACGACAGGAGAACCAACAGCGAGACGACAAUGGUUCACACCGGUCAAUACCACCGUUUCUACCUUCUAAGAAGUCGGAACGUAGCUCUCAAAAGUCGGUGGGACGCGAAGGAUUCAAUGCGCAAGGUGGGUCAGAUCCCGAUACUUCCGAUGAUCCGGAAGGCCCUUCAGAAGAGCCGAACCCGCCGAAUAUGGACAGAAGAAUGUCGUUGGAGAGGUCACCAGCGAUGCAGAUUACUGGAGAAGUUGGGCCAACGGCAAAUCAAAUCGCUGUUCGACAGGUUUGGCCAAAGAAAUUGCCGAACUUUUCCGGCGAGCCAGAGGAAUGGCCAAUUUUUUAUAGCAGCUACGAAGGGGCAAAUGCGGCUUGCGGUUUCUCAGAUGUUGAGAACAUCAUCCGUCUACGAGAGUGCCUUCGAGGACCAGCGAGAGAAGCGGUCAUCUCGAAGCUCAUGUUCCCUAAGAGCGUACCAUCGAUCAUCGAGACUCUACGACGAUUGUAUGGACGACCGGAGCUGAUGGUGAAAAAUUUGCUGGGCAAGGUUCGACGGUUGGAAGCACCAAAACCUGAGCGGCUGGACACCCUGAUAAAUUUCGGCAUGACGGUGCAACAGUUGAGUGACCACUUGAUAGCAGCCGACCUUCAGAGCCACCUCGCAAACCCAACGCUGAUGGAGGAGCUAGUGGAUAAAUUACCUGCCGCGUAUAAAUUAGAAUGGGUACGAUUCAAACGGGCAUACGCAGUACCAACCUUGAAGGAAUUCGCUAUGUUCAUGGACGUUCUGGUAGCUGAUGCGAGCGAAGUCACUGUUUUGUCACAGCCGAAGAUGGACAAGACCAGGCACGAAAAAGAGAAACACAGUCAGAAAGGACAUGUCUAUGCUCACAAUGACGAUGACGUAGACAGACUCCCCUCUUCAAGAGAACCGUGUCCCAUUUUCAAUGGCCUGGACCACAGAGUGCGGAACUGCGAAAAGUUCCAGCGAAUAAGCCUUGAAUCUCGCCUCGCAGCAGUAGAGAGGUUCAAACUAUGCGAAGUGUGUUUGUUCAACCACGGUUCUAGGUGCCGGUCAAGAAUACGCUGCAACAUCGGAAAUUGCCGGGAACGUCAUAACCCGCUACUCCACCAGACCGGAACAAGAACUGCAGCCGCUUCGAGGACCGUUAAUGCUGAGUGCAACACUCAUGGUCCAGUAACUAGAUCGGUACUAUUUAAGGUGAUCCCAGUAACACUACACAACAAAGGCCGCAGUGUGGAUACGUUUGCCUUCGUUGAUGAAGGAUCCUCCAGGACGCUGGUGGAAUCGAGUUUGGCAAGGUACCUCGAACUUACUGGUGAGACAGUACCGCUGAAGCUGAUUUGGACCUCGAACGUCAGCCGUACAGAGAAGUUUUCGAAGGUAGUGGACAUUGUGAUAUCAGCGCGUGGGCAGAAAGAACGUUUCAAUCUCAAAGGAGUCCACACCGUGAGUGGGCUGAAUCUACCCAAGCAAAGUCUAUCGAUGGAAAACUUGAUUGAACGGUUCGAUCAUCUCCGUGAUCUACCUGCGCAUUCGUACAUCGACGCAGAACCUAGGAUUCUGAUAGGUUUACGGAAUUUGGAUCUGCUUACCCCACUUGAAAUCCGAGUAGGGCGACCGGGCGAACCUGUGGCUGUGAGAAGCAUGCUUGGCUGGGCAGUGUAUGGUCCAUGUGGACCUGACAGCAAUGGAAACGAUUUCGUCGGGGUUCACGACUGUAGCUGUAAAACGGAUGAGGAUUUAAAUGAAUUGAUUCGUCAACAGUUCAUUUUGGAAGAAGCAGUAGUUUGCGUUUCUCCGUUGCCCGAAUCCGCCGACGAUAAACGUGCUCGACAGAUCCUCGAGCAGACUACUCGGCGAGUUGGGGACAGAUAUGAAACGGGACUCCUAUGGAAAACCAAUGACGUUCGCUUUCCAAAUAGCUGGUACAUGGCAGUAAAACGGUUGAAAAGUCUCGAGGCGAAGCUUGCUAGGGAUCCAGAGCUGCGCGCCAACGUUCAUCAGCAGAUCCGUGAUUACGUCGAGAAACGAUACGCUCACAAGGCUUCCGAGCAGGAACUGGCAAGUGCCGAUCCGGACCGUGUAUGGUAUUUACUCAUAAACGUGGUGACAAAUCCUCGGAAACCUGCAAAGAAAAGGCUUGUGUGGGACGCGGCAGCCCAAGUGGAAGGUGUGUCACUGAACUCCCAGCUCCUAAAAGGACCGGACCUGUUGAACUCGCUUCCUUCAGUCAUUUGCGUAUUCAGGGAGAGGCCGAUUGCUUUUGGAGGCGACGUCAGAGAGAUGUUCCACCAGGUUCAAAUCAUCCCGGCAGACAAACACUCUCAGAGAUUCAUCUUUCGAUUUGAUCCUGCCCAGCCACCGCAGAUUUAUAUUAUGGAUGUCGCAACGUUUGGGGCAACAUGUUCACCUUGCUCCGUUCAACAUGUCAUGCGGGAAAAUGCCCUUGAGUGCUCUUCAGAGUUUCCCGAAGCUGCGGCCGCAAUAAUUGACAAAACCUAUAUGGACGACUACGUCGACAGUGCCAACACCAUCGAGGAAGCCAUCACAAGGUCGGUACAGGUGCGAGAAAUACAUGCGCGUGCCGGAUUUGAGAUGAGAAACUGGGUGAGUAACAGUCGCGAAGUUUUACAUGCCCUUGGAGAGGCCAAGAGCCAGGAACCGGUCGUAAUCGGAGGUGCUACGAAGGACAAUUGGGAGCGCGUUUUAGGGCUGAUAUGGAAUCCGCAAGGAGAUUUCCUUUCCUUCUCAACUCGUUUUCAUGGAGACUUGGAUCCAUACGUUUCCGAAGGUCGUCGUCCUACAAAACGAAUAGUGGCUCGCUGCGUAAUGAGUCUGUUUGAUCCAACCGGCAUGUUGGCGCCUUUCUCGAUACACGGCAAAAUGCUCAUUCAGGAUCUCUGGAGAAGUGGCACUAUGUGGGACCAGGACAUUCCCGAUGAAGAAAACGAGAAGUGGAGACGCUGGGUUCAGUUGCUUGCUGGAAUCGAACAGUUGAGAAUCCCCCGACCCUACUUUGGAAACGCGGUCCCCAAUCAUUUCCAUUCGUUGCAACUGCAUAUAUUCACAGACGCCAGCGAAUUCGCCAUGGGUUGCGCAGCGUACUUUAGGGCAGUGGAUGAUCGUGGCGUACACGUAGCCUUGGUAAUGGCGAAAAGCAAGGUAGCUCCGCUGCAACAUCAGUCAAUUCCGCGACUGGAACUACAGGCUGCGGUUAUGGGAGCGAGAAUGCUGAAAAACGUGAUGGAGUCCCACACACUCACCAUUAGCCGAAGUUUCCUGUGGACAGAUUCCAGCACCGUGUUGUCAUGGAUACGUUCAGACAAUCGCAAAUACAAGCAGUAUGUUGCACAUCGUGUGGGAGAAAUUCUCUCACACACGCAGCUGGUCGACUGGCGGUGGGUGCCCACUAAAGAAAACGUGGCAGACUGUCUGACCAAAUGGGGAAAACAUUCCGAACCCAACUCUGCUGGCAUAUGGUUGAGUGGUCCAUCAUUCCUGUACGGAACAGAAGAAACUUGGCCCCAGCAACGACAGGUACCUUCGGACGUCCAAGAAGAACUUCGGCCAUGCUAUUUGCUCCACCACAUUGCUAUUCCGCAAGAACUAAUUAAAGUUGAAAACGUUUCCAAGUGGAACGUGCUGCUUCGAACAAUGGCCAUGGUGGGCCGUUUCAUCAAUAACUGUCGACUGCGAAUAAGGAGUCAGCCGAUAGAGACCAUCAAAGCAACGAAUCAUCAGCUCAAGUGCUUGAAACGAUCCAUCCCAGCUGUCAUCGUACCUCUUCAGCAAACCGAGUACAAACGAGCCGAAAUAAGUUUGUGGCGUUUCGCGCAGGCAGACAGUUUCCCUGAUGAGGUAAAAAUACUUUUGAAGAACCGUGAUACGUCUCCCGAAGCCCUGGUGAGCAUUGAACGUACAAGCCCUUUGUACAAGCUAUCCCCAUUUGCCGAUGAAUUCGGAGUCGUACGGGUAGAAGGACGAACUGCGAACGCAGGCUACGCUCCGUUCGACUCACGAUUCCCCAUAAUCCUUCCGAAAGAUCAUUUGGUUACGUUUCGACUGCUGGACCAUUAUCACUGCCGAUACGGACACGCAAAUAAAGAAACAAUCGUCAAUGAGGUACGUCAACGAUUCUUCAUACCUAAUUUGCGAUCGGUAGUCGACAAGGUAAUGAGGGCCUGCCAGCGUUGCAAAAUAAGCAAAUGUAAACCACAGUCUCCUCGGAUGGCACCAUUGCCAGAACAACGACUGACUCCAUACGUAAGGCCAUUCUGCUACGUUGGGGUGGACUAUCUGGGCCCUUUGGAAGUCACUGUUGGACGACGCAAAGAAAAACGUUACGUGGUCGUCUUUACUUGCCUGGUGGUUAGAGCCGUCCAUCUGGAAAUAGCAUACGAUUUGUCCAGCGAUUCGUGCGUUAUGGCAAUCCGUCGGUUCGUCCGCAGGAGAGGGUCACCAGUACAAAUCUUCUCUGAUAACGGCACGAAUUUUGUCGGUGCCAACCGACACUUAACGCAACAGAUUAGAGAGAUCAACGACAGAUGCGCAAACACGUUCACUGAUGCCAAGACCAAGUGGUCGUUCAAUCCCCCGGCGAGCCCACACAUGGGUGGUGUGUGGGAGCGUAUGGUACGCAGCGUGAAGGAAACCAUGAGGGCGCUCGAUGAUGGUCGCAAACUAAAUGACGAAAUCCUGGUAACUGUACUGGCAGAAACGGAGUGGUUCAUCAACUCUAGGCCGCUUACAUACAUGCCCCAGGAAUGCGGAAAUGAUGAGGCACUCACUCCAAAUCAUUUCAUUUUUGGGAAUACGUCCGGUGCACAUGAACCGAUCAGGAGCUGUACCGACCUUGCGGCGGCGUUACGCAGUAGCUAUCAACGAAGCCAGUACUUGUCGGACGAACUGUGGAAGCGGUGGAUAAGAGAAUACUUCCCCACCAUUAAUCGUAGAUCUAAAUGGUUCGAAGACGUACGUCCUGUAAAAGUUGGAGAUUUAAUUUAUGUAGCAGAAGGGGAUCGUCGGACGUGGAUAAGGGGUAAGGUUGAAGAAGUUAUACAAGGUCGUGAUGGAAGAGUUCGACAAGCCAUCGUGAAGACGGUCAACGGGAACGGAAGACUAAAACGUCCGGUGGUCAAACUGGCAGUGAUGGAGAUUGGAGAUGGUGAACCCGGUAUCUUUCCUGACGUUCAACAUCCGGAUCCACGGGGCGGGGGAUGUUCCGGCAGCACUUACCAUACGGGAGAUUGUGAACUCAUUGUUAGCAGUGCUCCGCCGCCUGUCAGUGUCACAUCGAUAAAGUGUGUAGAUAGCGAAUGA